AUGAAUUUACGGUACCAAGCAACGUUUUGUAUCAUAUUUUUACUAUGUGCCAGUAUUACUCUUGGAGAAGAUUUCGACUUCAUACCAGAGGCGAACGACGAUGUAGAGCCCCUAGCAGCAGAACCGCUGAAAAUAGUUAGCAACACUAAAAUAGUUUACCAUAAGUAUGGCCUUAUAUGUCCGCCAACAGCGAAAAAGGUUAGGCUGUCCCUCAUUCUACUAUCUGAAAACUGGAAACAAAUCACCGCACAUCUGAAGAAACGCACAAUUACUACACUGUCCGAGUAUUUCCUUGUGCCAGAGGAAUUGUUCACUGUCCAAAGCAUAAAAGACAGCGACCUGUGCCAUAUAAUGGAAACAGCCAGCCAACAUGGCAAAAGUAUUUCACCUACUGGAAAAACGUUUGAAUUGAUUGGAUUUACGAUCGGUUGCGAUGAUGCUAUGUCGAAGUUUUCGAAAAAAGUGUUCGGAAAUAUAGAAAAUCAGAUGGAAGACAUCAAAGGCUUCACGGAGCUAGAUUUUGUCUCGUGGAUCAUCUGGAAGGAAUCGAAAUCCUCGCAGUUGAUGAAACGCAGGCCUAAACGGGAAGUGGAUGACGAUGAUUAUAACUACGAUUACGACGACGAGAAUGACGAUGAUGACGAAGGUGAAACAACGGAAGUUCCUCAUGCUCAUCGGCAUCAUCAUGGUUCAAACGAGAAUACGACAACACAGCGCUCUACAGUGUCCUUUACGACACCCAAACAAGACGGUACGGCUACAGUGAAGGAAGUAGAAUACGAGAACUACGACGAUGAGUACGAUGACGAGGAAGAAGGUGCAGAGCCGACAACAGUCAGCACCAUACCGGAUCCUCGAAGUGUAGCUUCAACCACGGAGAAAACAUUGCCACAGUCUACGGAGGCUUCUACUACUUCGAGUUCAACACCAGAAACAACCUUUACGACACCCACAACAACAACAACAACGAAAGCAGCAACGACUUCCACCAUGGCACCAACCACAACGACUGAGGCUCCGGCGACAACGACGACCGUUUUGACCACGGAGUUGGAUGAGCCGACCAAUCUGUCGCCGAUCAUUAAGAACCGAAUUCCCAAGCAGGCCAUCAUUGCCGGAAAAGUUUUCAACUAUCAGAUACCGUUGGAAACAUUCUACGACAACGAGGAUGGCAACAAUCUGCGGCUGGAGCUGUUGGAUGGUCGGGAGCAACCUCUUAAACACUACUCCUGGAUUCAGUUCAAUGCGGACACGAAAGAGAUCUAUGGGCUACCACUCGAGAAGGACGUGUCGAAAUGGCCGUACAAGUUACGCGCCACCGAUUCGGGCAACCAAACGGUCACGGAAACCGUUGACAUCAUGGUGCAGCAGCACAAAUCGCACCGCAGCGUAAACCACGAAAUCAGCCUCGCGUUAAAGCUGAACCGUAAGUUCACGAGUAACGUGGAUUGGCAGAUCGAAACCAUUCGUGGCAUCGCCACCGUGCUGGGCGACGCAUCCCUGGGGAACAUUGUAGUGCGCGACAUACGCAACAGCUUGCAGGACCCGAACGUGGCCACUUUCGUGUACACCAACGAAACACUGCCGAAGGACCGGUGUCCGGAGGAAAAGUUGGACGAACUGCUGGUUCGCUUGACCGAGCAGGCACUCAACGACGCACUGCGACCGGACAUCACGGUAAAGUCCGUUCAGGGCCAGCAAAUCGGACAGUGCACGAAGCCGACGCUUCCGAAAGUGAAACCGACACUGAGCAUUUCGCGCAACUUUGCACCGCAAGCGCGCAACCAGGUCGAUCAGGUCAAUGCCACCGUAGGACAUCUGCUCGUAUUCAAAGUACCGGCGGACACAUUCUACGAUCCGGAGGAUGGUAAUGAGCUGAAACUGAAGCUACUUACGACCGAGCGCAACACUCUCGAUCCUUAUCACUGGUUGCAGUUCGAUAACAAGAACCAGGAAUUCUACGGCGUACCACGGCCAAAUGACAUCGGCCGAAAGGAAUACCUUCUGAUGGCCGAAGACCGCGAGGGACUGACGGCGACGGAUGCGCUGGUAGUAGUGGUCAAUCCACACCACAAACGCGACUACAGCGUUCUUUUCGAACUUACGCUCGAUACUACGCACGAGCAAUUCAGCACGGCGCAGGCUCAGCGGCGGUUCAUCGAGCGGCUGGCGCUGGUGUUUGGUGACCCGUCGACAAACUACAUCAAGAUACACCACAUUCGCCCCAUCCACCACACCGGCCAGGUGCAGGUGUCCUUCUUCAACACAACGCUCAACCGGCAGCACCAAAGGUGCCCGCAGGAGGAGAUCGAGGCGCUUCGUAACAUUCUGCUGCACCAGGACAGCACCAUCCGGGCGAAAGUACGCGAAACACUCACUCAGGAGUUUAGUCUGCAGAACGUGAGCCUAGUUCCACUGGACAACUGUCACGGUUUCGACACACCACACCAUCCCACGAGCGAACCUGAGAAGGCCGCUCCGCCACCAAUUUCUAAAGAUGAUUACCUACUUACGUUCGUCCUGCCGACGGUCAUCAUACUGAUCAUGCUGUUGAUCGCGUUCAUCAUCGCGUGUGUGCUUUACAAACGGCGUCUGACGGGAAAAAUGGAGCUGGAAUAUAUCAAUUUCAAACCUAUCGCUCCGUCAUCCUGUUCGCCUCAACCCCAAGGUACCGAUGAAGAGCGGAAGUCGUUCCGCUCCAAGGGCAUACCGGUGAUCUUCCAGGACGAGCUAGAUGAAAAACCGGAGAUUGGUAACAAAUCGCCCGUAAUUCUGAAGGACGAAAAGCCACCACUGCUGCCCCCGUCCUAUAGCAGCACUAACAACGACGGAGAGAACGAAGAUGUCGAUGAGUAUGUGCCUCCGCCGGCUGUCAUCGUUGCGGGUCGGGAAUCGCGAGGCAAAUCCCCCGUCACGCCUUCGUACCGACGGCCGCCGCCUUACGUGUCCCCGUAAACCCCAAACCAUCGAGGAAGGAACGUCUCUUAAAAUCAUACGUCUUCGUUUCACUUUAAUUUUUAGUUUCGUUCAAUGGGAUAUUUCCCAUUUGGUUUACCAAUAACACACCAAAAAGGCGCAAACUGAUAAAACAAUCAGCGGUGGGAAAAGUUAUUGUAAGAAAGUAGGGCAUGCUCGAUGGAGUAGUAUAUGCAUUCAAAUUUUUUAUACAGCGUGUGUUCUUUUCCAAUUUUCACAUAAAUAUUACACUACCCACUGCUGCAAGCAAGUGUGCAACGCACGAUUGCUAGUGAAAGGCGUGUGACAACGGUAAACAGAAAACCGAGUGAACGGGAUCAACCGAAGAGAGGUUGACGAGAGGGCGCAAAGAGUUUGAAGAGCGUUCAAUUUAUAGUCAUUGACAAAGAGUUCGAGUAGUGCUUGGAGUAGUAUGUGUAGUAGUCUUAAAUUUUAAGUUCCGCCGAAGAAUGCUUCUAACCUCGACCUACGAAGCACGAAGCAAACAAAAAGAACGACCCGUAAUAGGCCAUCAUGGCCACCAUUAACCAGCCAGUUUUCAGCACAUUACUUUUGUCUACUUUUACAAUUCGUCGUCUAGUAUCGUAGGCGUGCUGUAUUACAUCGUGUGGGCCAUUGGCAAAUAUUGCCAUCUAUGUUUAUUUAUCCUUCCGAGUCCUGUUCGGCUUUCUUGUCGAGCGUGGAAUUAGCAUUAGCGUUUGUUCCUUCAUGAAGUACUCAUAACUAACCGUUCCCGUUCGUGACGGGACGGGACAGCGCACAAUCAAAUGUGGGAGAGACAAAGACAUGUUGUGUAACCACGGACAUAAAGACGAAAAACAGGGAACUUUUCCCAGCUCAAUAUUUUUGUAUAGCCACUGUGCGCCGAACAAAAGAAGUGAUGAAGAAGUAACAGCGUUCGCUCUAGAGACAUUCUUUUCUUCCAGCAUAGCGACAUGACAGCCGAAAACCAUCUGCACCUCCCUCGAAUCAUAAUUCUAAUGAGCUUAAAUAACAUCUGAUCUGAACCGGUCACAUACGAUAGAAUGAUAUUGCGCACGAUAGACGAGACAAACGCUAGAGACCUAGAGGCGAAGAAGGAACGUUUCUAGUGUUCUUUAUAGCAGCAGCAAAGUCUUUGAAAUCCAUUAAAGAAGAAGUACAGCAUUUUACAGGAAUCAUUUCACGAUAUGAAUGCGAAAAGAAAAUGAGGUAAAUGAGGCCUCGCCCCUGCCAUAAGCACACAGUUGCUGACAGAUUUCUGCUAAAUCUAAUGCCAUAGCUAAUGAAAAAAAAGACCCGCAAACGUCAUUUCUUGAUCGGAAAUGAAUAAACAAGCAUGGAUUGUUGAUCUCAGCAUUUCGAAGAAAGUUUUGGAUUUACGACAAUCGCUGGGUUUGCAUUAGAAACUGAUUGUGGCAAAUGUGUCACAAUUUAGUCGAAUUGAAAUGUAACCCAAACGCGGUGUUUGUAACAUUUCGAAGACAUUUUUUUAUUUGUAUUUUCAUAAACGCUACACUACACGGUUGACAUGUAAAAAACGAAACGAUUCGUUCGUGUCCCAAAGAAGAUACAUUUUAAUCCAAUUCCCUAUGGUUUGAAAAUCAUGACUGCAAAGACACGUGUUUUUUUACUUUCACUCUCGUGACAAAAAACCCCUUUUGCAAAUAGAAUCGAGAGGCAGUUACUGAAUCAAACAAUCUCACCUCUGGCUGAACUCUGGGGAACUCAAGGGCAGAUUAAAUCGGUUGAUUGACUUAUCGGAGAUCCGAAUGAAGUGUACGCGUUUUUGCACAAUAUAUUGGUCAACAUUACUUACGUACUUUGUUUUCAUCAACAACACUAAGAAUGUAAUUAAUGCGAAACCGCACUUUCUGUGAGGUAUAAAUAGGUAAGCAGCAAAAUUAAACAGUUAAAAAAGCGUGUAUCGUUUGAUUGGAAAACUCAUUUGCGUGAAACAACCAGGAUUCUGAUUCAAACGUAAUUGAUUUAUAGUAAAUUCUUCAAGCGAGCGAAUCUAAUAGUUCACGAUAGCAAUAUGUGAAUUAAUAGAUUCAGAAAAUAGGCUUACUGUUGAAAUAUAAAAAAACACGGCACACAUGCAAGCGUAACAGUCCUCGUUGCACGUUAAACGUGGAUACCAACGCAAACGUAGUAGAGUGCAGGAAGUGAAUUUAGUUAGUGCUCUGUGCGAUGAAGUGCACGAAAACUCAGUAGUAAAUAUACAUACAGAAAGGAGUAUGAAUAUGUACUAGUAUAUAUUUAAGAGAAUCGAAUCCAUACGCAGGAAAAACAGACGAAGUCUAAAAAUACACAACCAUACCUUCUACAUCAUUUGAAAUUAGAAACUGCAGCAAAGGAUGUGAAAUGUUUGGAGCAACAGUUCGAAACACAUUGAGCUAAGUUAAGAGAAAAUAUAACGAAAAUUCGUGCAUGAAGCAAGAAAUUCGAUAACCAAAUUGUAAAUUUUUUUAAUAAAACCAAUGUAAAAUUUA